AGAGUGAGAGGAGGGGAAGUCAGGGGUGGGUCAGUCCAAACUUCUCUGCUAUCUGUAGAUGUAGAUUUGGGCGAGGUGAAAAAAUCCUCAUCUUUCGUUUCCAAACUCAUUUGCUCCCUCUCUCAUUCCUUUCUUCCUGCUUUCCCUCCCUUCCUCUUGCACUCACUGCCUGUAAAAUAUAUGGGAACAUCCUUGAGUUAGGAGGCAUGUUCAUACAUAGAUGACUGUCUACUGAUGCAUCAGCUGAGAGUUCAUUGCAAAUCUCAAGUGGAACUACAAGUACGAGAGAAAUAACCAGGAACCACAGAGGUGGAUGCACUGAAGCCUCAGGAUAAAGGGUAAGUCAAUUCAUGUUACUCUUCUUCGCUUGUUUGAAAGUUGCAGCUUGAAUGGAGGUAUAGCCUACACAGGAAGAGUUUGUUAUUUUAAAGUAAAAAUGUUGCUCACAAGAUUAAAGGUAACAGCUGAAGCAAUGAUGCCCUCAUGUCUCCUGUUGUUGGAUGACAAUUUAUCAUUAUUGUUUAGACUGUUGUUACUGGGUAAAAGUCAACCAAUUCAACGACCCGAUUAACGGAAAAACAUAACAUUCAAAACAAUUGUUUUAUGAAAUAUUUGUUUAUGUUUCAUACUAGUUUGUGUUACAUAACAAAUGACCAGUCACAUAUAGUGGGGAAAAAAAGGUAUUUAGUCAGCCACCAAUUGUGCAAGUUCUCCCACUUAAAAAGAUGAGAGAGGCCUGUAAUUUUCAUCAUAGGUACACGUCAACUAUGACAGACAAAAUGAGAUUUUUUUUCUCCAAAAAUCACAUUGUAGGAUUUUUAAUGAAUUUAUUUGCAAAUUAUGGUGGAAAAUAAGUAUUUGGUCAAUAACAAAAGUUUCUCAAUACUUUGUUAUAUACCCUUUGUUGUCAAUGACACAGCUCAAACGUUUUCUGUAAGUCUUCACAAGGUCUUCACACACUGUUGCUGGUAUUUUGGCCCAUUCCUCCAUGCAGAUCUCCUCUAGAGCAGUGAUGUUUUGGGGCUGUCGCUGGGCAACACGGACUUUCAACUCCCUCCAAAGAUGUUCUAUGGGGUUGAGAUCUGGAGACUGGCUAGGCCACUCCAGGACCUUGAAAUGCUUCUUACGAAGUCACUCCUUCGUUGCCCGGGCGGUGUGUUUGGGAUCAUUAUCAUGCUGAAAGACCCAGCCACAUUUCAUCUUCAAUGCCCUUGCUGAUGGAAGGAGGUUUUCACUCAAAAUCUCACAAUACAUGGCCCCAUUCAUUCUUUCCUUUACACGGAUCAGUCGUCCUGGUCCCUUUGCAGAAAAACAGCUCCAAAGCAUAAUGUUUCCACCCCCAUGCUUCACAGUAGGUAUGGUGUUCUUUGGAUGCAACUCAGCAUUCGUUGUCCUCCAAACACGACGAGUUGAGUUUUUACCAAAAAGUUAUAUUUUGGUUUCAUCUGACCAUAUGACAUUCUCCCAAUCCUCUUCUGGAUCAUCCAAAUGCACUCUAGCAAACUUCAGACGGGCCUGGACAUGUACUGGCUUAAGCAGGGGGACACGUCUGGCACUGCAGGAUUUGAGUCCCUGGCGGCGUAGUGUGUUACUGAUGGUAGGCUUUUUUACUUUGGUCCCAGCUCUCUGCAGGUCAUUCACUAGGUCCCCCCGUGUGGUUCUGGGAUUUUUGCUCACCGUUCUUGUGAUCAUUUUGACCCCACGGGGUGAGAUCUUGCGUGGAGCCCCAGAUCGAGGGAGAUUAUCAGUGGUCUUUUAUGUCUUCCAUUUCCUAAUAAUUGCUCCCACAGUUGAUUUCUUCAAACCAAGCUGCUUACCUAUUGCAGAUUCAGUCUUUCCAGCCUGGUGCAGGUCUACAAUUUUGUUUCUGGUGUCCUUUGACAGCUCUUUGGUCUUGGCCAUAGUGGAGUUUGGAGUGUGACUGUUUGAGGUUGUGGACAGGUGUCUUUUAUACUGAUAACAAGUUCAAACAGGUGCCAUUAAUACAGGUAACAAGUGGAGGACAGAGGAGCCUCUUAAAGAAGAAGUUACAGGUCUGUGAGAGCCAGAAAUCUUGCUUGUUUGUAGGUGACCAAAUACUUAUUUUCCACCAUAAUUUGCAAAUAAAUUCAUAAAAAAUCCUACAAUGUGAUUUUCUGGAUUUUCUUUUCUCAAUUUGUCUGUCAUAGUUGACGUGUACCUAUGAUGAAAAUUACAGGCCUCUCUCAUCUUUUUAAGUGGGAGAACUUGCACAAUUGGUGGCUGACUAAAUACUUUUUUUCCCCCACUGUAAACAUGUUCCUGAAAUCAUCUGUAAAGAUGUAUAGAGGUUUCAUCUCCUGUCCUCUGUGCAAAACAGAGUUAUCCUUAAGCUUUAAAUAAAGGGGCCAGGGCCAUAUUUACCCAGCGAUAAGCAUAUUAAAUGUCAUAUUUAAAUCUCUGACACUGAAACAAGGGCUCUGUUAUGAACUAGAGGAAGUGACAAUGAACUAUCAGGAGAGUAUAUCUCUGGCUUCUCUCUCUCACUCCCUCUCACUUCCAGUGUGUCAACCCCCCCUCGCAUUUGUCUUCACUCUCACGCUCACUCCCUAUUGCUCUCUUUCCUGGUUUCACACGGCUGUAUGAGUUAAUGUAGUUCUCCAUUUUUCCUCUGUGUAGAGCAGGGAUGAGUCCCCAAUUUUUUUAAAUGAAUUUUUAUAUUUUAUUUUAGGAAAUCAGUUGGGCUUUCAACUUACUGCUGCGAGUUAAAAUAGUGGAAUACACAAGGUGCAAUUUUGAAAUUUGGUUGUGCAUCAGCAGUUUUUGUCUUGUCAUGUAAAGCACUGAUAGUCAGUCAAUUAGCAUACGUCAGCAAAAUAUAUUUUAGAUUGCUAAGUUAGUUAUGCGGCCAGCUAUCUAAACUGUCCUGUAUAAAAUACAGUAUAAUACUAUUAUAUGAUUAUGUUGGUCAGUCUCAAUCAGAUAUAAUAUUAAAAACUACAAACAUUUCUCUCCUGCAAAAUGUUAAUUGCAGAAAUUAGCGUAUAAACAGUGGUCUCGGCUCCAAUUUUUGUGGCCCCGACUCCCUCUCUCUGGUGAGAGUUCAGACCUGUUCUAUGUCCUGGUUCUUGUGCCCUCCUAUGGCUUCUGUCUGUCUGUCUUCAUGUCUGUCUGUCUGUCUGCUCUCUGUCUUCGUCUGUCUGUCUGUCGCUUCCUCUUCUCCUCUCUCUCUCUCUCUCUCUUCGCGUCUCUCUCUCUCCUCUCUCUCUCUCUCUCUCUCUCUCUCUCUCUCUCUCUCUCUCUCUCUCUCUCUCUGAUCUUUAUUCAAAAGCACCUUAAUUGAUUUGAUUGUGCUAAAUACCGCUAUGCUCUAUAAAUAAAGAUAUUCAGAGUCAAAAAUACAUGCUCUCAUGGAUGCUACUUUUUCUAGGUAGCAAAGGCCCACCUGAGCAGGGAGUAUACCAUCAAAACAGAAAACCAGGGAGGAAGGACACAACAACAUGCUGACAAAACAAAAAAAGAUGGUCUUUCCAUUCCAGAUACACAAAUCAAUUUUUCUCAUCCUACUAUUCAAUGUCCCACUUCCCAGCACAUGUCAGACCACACUGAAUGCCCACAGCACCCUCAACCAAACCAUCCCUCACACUGCUGCCACUAGCUCUAAUGCUAUCCCCAAUACCACCACUAAUAAUUCCACUGUAAAAUCCACUAUCAACCGAGGCACCAUUCCCUUCCUCCAGCGCAACUUUUCCUCAAACUCUAAUUCCCAGGAUGCAAUCCUGGGGUGUGGGGCGGAUCUGGACCCCAUCUACUCCUACCUGUGUGACCGUCAGGUGGUGUGGGGUAUCGUGGUGGAGAGCUUGGCCUCACUGGGCUUUGUGGUCAGUUCAGGGCUGCUAGUGGGGCUGCUGUUCUGGACCCUGUGGAUGUGUGUGUCGUCCCGCCAGCGCAGGGGCAUCGGGGGGAGCGUAGCCUCCAUGGCUUUGUUCCUGGUCAGCACGGCAGGGGUCUUCGCCCUGACCUUUGCCUUCGUCAUCCGCCUCACCCCCCAGACAUGCCCCACGCGCCUCUUCCUGUUCGGGGUGCUGUUCUCCCUGGCUUUCUCCUGCCUGCUGGCGCGAUGCCUGGCCCUGCUGGGCUUCGCUGUGACCCGGGGCUGGGGGGAGAGUGGGGUGGCCCUGGCCCUCUUCACCCUCCAGGUGGUCAUCGCUACAGAGUGGCUGAUCAUCGUACUGCUGCGGGACGGCCAGCCCUGUCAGUACUCCCAGGGGGAGUUUGUCAUGUUGCUCAUCUACGUGCUGGUUCUGCUGGCCACCGGCCUGGUCCUCUCCCUGUGCUGCCUCUGCCACUCCUGUCUCACCUACAGCUAUAGCUACAGCGGGGGCACCCACCGACAGAGCAAGGUCCAGGCCACACUGCUCUGCCUCACCCUGCUGCUGUCCGCUGCCAUCUGGGUGGUGUGGAUCGCCCUGCUGACCCGGGGUAACAUGGAGAUGGGCCGGCGGCCGCAGUGGGAUGACCCGGUGCUGAGUAUAGCCCUGGUGGCCAACGGCUGGGUCCUGCUGCUGGGCCACGGACUGGCCCAAGUGGUCCUCCUCUGCAGGUGGGAGGCCAGCUCCAAGGAGGGCCCCCUCAACUUUGGCGGAUGGACCAGUCCCAAUGCCAACUGCCAGGGCUGGGCAGCCCGAAAGAAGGAAGGGAGAACAGAAGCUUUGAGAACGACGGUGAGGAACGGAGAAGUGAGAAACAGUAGCACUGAAAAGGAGUAAAGCAGGGGAAUGUACUGUACUGCAUGUCUACGUUUAGUUAAUCAGCAAAAUAACAUUAGAAACACAGACAAUUGACUGUUGGGAGAGUACUAAUAAGUUAGCAUGGAAGCUAAAUUAUAUAUGGACUAGCUCCAAUGAAUAAGAUAUGACAUAUGAGGUUAAUUACACAAUCAGUCACUUUAAUACUCACUGUAUGGAAUUUGCAGAUAAUUGAGUCAUUGUAUCGUGUUCUCUUCCCCAGGCAGAAGACAAGACCCCGUUUUCCAGUCACCAUAUGAGUCUGGAUUCUCAAUGACAGUGAGUAGGCCUCAAAAUGGCUCUGGGCAUUGCUGAGUGAUUAAAAGGAAUGAGAAUCAGCAUAUGUGUUGUAACAAAGAAUAACUAACAAAAAUAUAUGCUUAAUCCAAGAUAAUGUAUAGAAUUGUAUUAUACAGUGGGGAAAAAAAGUAUUUAGUCAGCCACCAAUUGUGCAAGUUCUCCCACUUAAAAAGAUGAGAGAGGCCUGUAAUUUUCAUCAUAGGUACACGUCAACUAUGACAGACAAAUUGAGAAGAAAAAAUCCAGAAAAUCACAUUGUAGGAUUUUUAAUGAAUUUAUUUGCAAAUUAUGGUGGAAAAUAAGUAUUUGGUCACCUACAAACAAGCAAGAUUUCUGGCUCUCACAGACCUGUAACUUCUUCUUUAAGAGGCUCCUCUGUCCUCCACUCGUUACCUGUAUUAAUGGCACCUGUUUGAACUUGUUAUCAGUAUAAAAGACACCUGUCCACAACCUCAAACAGUCACACUCCAAACUCCACUAUGGCCAAGACCAAAGAGCUGUCAAAGGACACCGGAAACAAAAUUGUAGACCUGCACCAGGCUGGGAAGACUGAAUCUGCAAUAGGUAAGCAGCUUGGUUUGAAGAAAUCAACUGUGGGAGCAAUUAUUAGGAAAUGGAAGACAUACAAGACCACUGAUAAUCUCCCUCGAUCUGGGGCUCCACGCAAGAUCUCACCCUGUGGGGUCAAAAUGAUCACAAGAACGGUGAGCAAAAAUCCCAGAACCACACGGGGGGACCUAGUGAAUGACCUGCAGAGAGCUGGGACCAAAGUAACAAAGCCUACCAUCAGUAACACACUACGCCGCCAGGGACUCAAAUCCUUCAGUGCCAGACGUGUCCCCCCGCUUAAGCCAGUACAUGUCCAGGCCCGUCUGAAGUUUGCUAGAGUGCAUUUGGAUGAUCCAGAAGAGGAUUGGGAGAAUGUCAUAUGGUCAGAUGAAACCAAAAUAGAACUUUUUGGUAAAAACUCAACUUGUCGUGUUUGGAGGACAAAGAAUGCUGAGUUGCAUCCAAAGAACACCAUACCUACUGUGAAGCAUGGGGGUGGAAACAUCAUGCUUUGGGGCUGUUUUUCUGCAAAGGGACCAGGACGACUGAUCCGUGUAAAGGAAAGAAUGAAUGGGGCCAUGUAUUGUGAGAUUUUGAGUGAAAACCUCCUUCCAUCAGCAAGGGCAUUGAAGAUUAAACGUGGCUGGGUCUUUCAGCAUGACAAUGAUCCCAAACACACCGCCGGGCAACGAAGGAGUGGCUUCGUAAGAAGCAUUUCAAGGUCCUGGAGUGGCCUAGCCAGUCUCCAGAUCUCAACCCCAUAGAAAAUCUUUGGAGGGAGUUGAAAGUCCGUGUUGCCCAGCGACAGCCCCAAAACAUCACUGCUCUAGAGGAGAUCUGCAUGGAGGAAUGGGCCAAAAUACCAGCAACAGUGUGUGAAAAUCUUGUGAAGACUUACAGAAAACGUUUGACCUGUGUCAUUGCCAACAAAGGUUAUAUAACAAAGUAUUGAGAAACUUUUGUUAUUGACCAAAUACUUAUUUCCACCAUAAUUUGCAAAUACAUUUAUUACAAAUCCUACAAUGUGAUUUUCUGGAUUUUCUUUUCUCAUUUUGUCUGUCAUAGUUGAUGUGUACCUAUGAUGAAAAUUACAGGCCUCUCUCAUCUUUUUAAGUGGGAGAACUUGCACAAUUGGUGGCUGACUAAAUACUUUUUUUCCCCACUGUACAAGAGACAAAAUUCACAAAUUCUACAGCACAAGGGCAGAGUCAUGUCUUAAGUGUAAAACUAAUAAAGACUCAAUAAUCCAUGCUUUCUGGGAACGCUAUAAAGUCCGGAAGUUGUGGGCGGAGCUAGAAAGUUGGCAGCCAGAAGUAUUACAAUGUAAAUGUACUUUUAAUCCGUCUGUCUGCAUAUUUCAAGACAUGGCAUAUGAGGGUGUAGUGAGAUACCCGAUGGGUUGGACGAUUCUCUUCUCAUCACUCAUCUUGAAAAAACGCAUACUAAAAACAUGGAAAUCAAUCAAUCCGCCAUCAUUAACACAAUGGAAAAAUGAAAUGAUUUAUUAUUUCAAUAUUGAAAGUGCGUGGGCUACGGAGAGAAACAAAAUGGUGCAGUUUCAGGCCAUGUUGCAGAAAGUGAUGCGGGCGCUGGAGAUGGGGGUGUGUGCUAGUCGGUCUGGGCAGGUGUGAUGUAGUUGAUGUUUGUAUGAUGUUGUCAUUUGUAUGUGUAUGUUUUGUAUUGUUUAUAAAAUAUAAAAUAACCUCUUACAAAAGAAUAUGACCCUUACCAUUACAAGCAAUGUAUCUGUAAUUAUUAACUGCACUAAUAUGAUGAAUGUUUUAAUGUUUCACUGUGUCUGUUUCAGGAAAUAGAUCCUGACAAAGAUUACUCCAUCCCUCGUCCUCAGACUACCAACAUCAGCGAGCCCUAUGAUGAAUACUAUGGACACAGCAUGUCUGAUUAGGAUCACAUUGCUUUUCGUGUACACACACACACACACACA